UUGGAAUUGGACAAACAUGGAUUACUUCGGAGAAAAAGUGGUUUGAAGAAUCAAAUAGUUUUACCUAAAAAGCUCCAUUGGUUGGUGUACGAGGAACUUCACGAGAAAAUGGGCCACUUAGGAGCAGAUAGGGUGCUAGAACUUGCCCGUGCUCGGUUCUAUUGGCCGCACAUGCAGAGAGAUGUAGAAUCUUACAUUUCACAUAAAUGUCGGUGUGUGAAGCAAAAAGUUCCUACUUUCCAAACUAGGGCACCAUUACAGUCCAUUACAACAACUGCUCCAUUCCAGAUGGUGUCUUUAGACUUUGUUCAUCUCGAGAAAAGUAGUGGCGGUUACGAGUAUAUCUUGGUUAUAAUGGAUCAUUUUACCCGUUACGCACAAGCCUAUGCAACCCGAAAUAAGUCAGCUAAGACAGUGGCGGAAAAGUUAUAUAAUGACUUUAUUUUGCGUUUCGGUUUUCCAGAAAAACUCCAUCACGAUCAGGGAGGAGAAUUUGAAAAUCACCUCUUCAAACAACUGGAAAAACUGUGUGGUAUUCGACAUUCAAGGACUACCCCGUAUCAUCCGCAAGGCAAUGGCCAAGUGGAACGUUUCAAUCGUACCCUCCUUGCCAUGCUGCGAACCCUACCGGAAACGCAAAAAUCACACUGGAAAGACCACCUCCAGAAAAUGGUUCACGCCUAUAAUUGCACGCGUCACGAGUCAACUGGAUUCUCGCCAUUUUAUCUCUUAUUUGGCAGACAUCCUCGUCUACCUAUUGAUAUGAUCCUAAACCUGGAGAGCGAGUCAACUGAGUCACCGAAUUAUAGAGAGUAUGUUAACAACUGGAGCGAAGCGAUGUCUGAAGCGUACAAGAUUGCAAACGAAAAGAGUUCACAAAGUAGAGCGAAAGGGAAAAAGCUAUACGACCGCCGCAUCCGUAGUUCGGAGUUACGACCGGGGGAUAGAGUUCUUGUACGAAAUCUGAGUAAACGAGAUAAACCUUGCAAGCUGCGAAGUCAUUGGGAAGACAAGAUACAUGUCGUGGUCACUAGGAGAGGGGAAGAUAGCCCAGUCUAUACAAUUAAACCCGAAAGUUCUGAUGGCCCGAGUAGAACUCUUCAGCGUAAUAUGCUGUUACCGUGUAGUUCACUUCCCGUGGAACAGCUGUUGAACCAAAAAAACGCCUCGUCGUCAAAGAGAAAAUACAGGUCCUCCCAGCACAAGAUCUACUAGUCAACCGGAAUCAGAUGAAGACGAAUUAGAUGGGUUAACAUUUGUACCAUUGGCGAAUGAUCAGAGGAGUGGGGCGGACGUAACCGAUGCCGUGACACCAGCUCAAGACGGCGACCACGGACAUGAUGAGAUAGACAACUCAGAGUUACCAGCGGUCGAGAACCCAGAUGUAUUGGCCCUUGAUGAACAACAACCAACCAUUCCACCGCCAGCAACGGAAAAUGCGUCUAUUCCACCACCACCUAUGGAAAAUACCAGACCUAGCAGAAACAGAAACCCACCACCAAGACUAAAUUAUUGGACACCAGGUAACCCAGUCACAGGCAUUCCAUACCCUGGUAGUAUGAACACUAUUUUCGGUUUUGUAGAGCCUAGUCAACCAGGAGUGAUGCCUUUCCCACCAAUGAAUUCCAUUCCUUAUAUGUGGCAGCCAACCCCCCUACCUUAUAAUCCCUUCGCAUACCUCGGACCUCAUUGUCCGUACUGUGGAACAAUGUUCUUUAAUUAG